CAGCAUCUGCUCCUGCCGGAAAUCGUUUCAUUCUUUCUGCUCCCAGGCUGCCGCCAUGGUGUUCAAGCGCUUCGUCGAGAUCGGCCGCGUCGCCUACAUCGCCUUCGGGCCCUACGCCGGCAAGCUGGUUGCCAUUAUCGACGUCAUCGACCAAAAUAGGGCCCUUGUUGAUGGUCCCUGCACUGGUGUAAAGAGGCAAGCCAUGCCCUUCAAGUGCAUGCAGCUCACAGACUACGUCAUCAAAGUGCCUCACAGUGCUCGUCAGAAGUUUGUGAGGAGAGCCUGGGAGAAGGCAGGGGUCAACGACAAGUGGGUACAGAGCAGCUGGGCCAAGAAGAUCGAGGCCAGAGCGAAGAGGGCCAAAAUGUCCGACUUUGACCGCUAUAAGGUGAUGAAAGCCAAGAGGAUGAGGAACAAGAUCAUCAAGCAUGAAGUGAAGAAGCUUGAGAAAGCGGCAGUGAAGAAGGUCCAGAAAAAGGCAGUGAAGAAGUGAAAAUGUUUUUUUGUUUUUUUUUUCAAAAUAAACAUUCUGAUUGGU